GCGGGGGGGGGUGUCCGCCUCACUUCCGGCCGCUGCAGGCGUUCCUCCCCGACAGCUCUCUCUCUCUCUGGGGCGUCCCUUUUGCGAGAGCGCCGGUCUCGCAGAGUGAGCGGCGGCGCCUUCCCUCAGUCCCCCCCCCUGCACUUGGUACAGCCCUGACGGCUUCCUCGCCUCCCGACCCCCACCGCCCUAAGCCCGUCCCAAGAUGGCGGCGCCCUUGUGCGGCGGCCCGUUCGGCCUGCGGGCGGCCGUCGCCGGGGUCCCAGAGCUGCUGUCCGCCUGCCGCGGCCUCCACACCUCCGCGGCGUGCUGUAAGAACCGCGCGGCCCGGGUCCGAGUGGGGAAGGGAGACAAGCCGGUGACGUACGAGCAAGCCCAUCCCCCGCACUACAUCGCCCACCGCAAGGGCUGGCUGUCCCUGCACACGAGUAACCUGGACGGAGAGCAGGGCGCGGCCGAGAGGACGGUGGAGGACGUGUUCAUCCGCAAGUUCCUGUACGGCACCUUCCCGGGCUGCUUGGCCGACGAGGUGGUCAUCAAGCGCAGGGCCAACCAGCUGGUCAUCUGCAUGGUGGUCCUGCAGCGCCUGGCGCCCUCCAAGAUGUACUUCCUGGUGGGCUACACGGAGGCGCUGCUCUCCGCCUUCUACAAGUGCCCGGUGCGCCUGUGCCUGCAGACGCUGCCCGCCAAGCAGGUGUACAAGUACAUCUAGGGCCCGGCUCGGGGGCUUGUUGGCGGCUGCCAGCCAGGAAAGCCCCCCCACGUCUGUUCUUUAAGAGGGGCGUGGUCUCUGCUGCUGUGAUUUUUUGUUAAAUCAUAUUUAUAAUAAAACUUUGCUUCUGGUACCUAA